AUGUGCCCUUGCGCAAGCAAUGCGUUUCAGCUCCAAGACAUGCAAUUCAUGGCAUCGGCCACCAUCUCGCACGCACGGGGGGAAGUUCAGGCUGCUUUCCGACAGACCUUCGCACGAAUCAUAGUUGGGCGAAUACUUCCCCUGUUAUUGCGGCACGUUGCCAGCGACAACUCGCCUGUUGGCUGGAUUCAUCUUCCGUUGGAUGAAGCUCUGCUAUUCGCGGAUCUGCGUCAUUUUCCAGCGCCUCGGGACUCUCAAUCUCGCGUGGUUGGGCAUCGUCAAUUUCCUAUCAAGGCUCAUGCCACAUGGAGGACCCCAAAGGAGCUUUUCACUCCCAUGCCUUGGGAGUUGGGUUCUAGUGCGCAGUUAUCCUGCCGACAAUCUUCGAGUCGCAAGGUCACGUCGCUUGUCACCGCGGCACGACACAUAGAGUUCCGAGGGAAGAAACCUACAAAGUAUCGCCGGUGA